CGAAUGGUCACAAGUUUUCUCCUAUUAUUUUCUCAACAAUUCCUUUUUUUUUCUUCUUCCAUUCAUCCUAACUUUCACUUUCAUUCUCCACACUUCAAUUAUUACCCUCCAAAAAACACCUUCACUAUACAACUUACACGUCCACAUCCCCCCACUCGCUCUUCCUUCCUUUGUUCUCUUCCCCUUGGAAACCGAAUCUCCCCUUCUUCUCCUUCCUCUCUUCCUCCUCCGAGUUUCUUAUCUCCAUUCUCCACCCUUUUUAUGCAUCAGCUUCAUGACAACAAAUCUCUCCUCCUCCUCCUCCUCCACCAUGGAAACUAACCAAGACCACCACCACCACCAACAGCAGAACCCCAACCAGGCCGCCGCGGCGGCGCUGCGUUGCCCGCGGUGCGACUCGGCCAACACCAAGUUCUGCUACUACAACAACUACAGCCUCUCCCAGCCCCGCCACUUCUGCAAAGGCUGCAAGCGCUACUGGACCCGCGGCGGCACCCUCCGCAACGUCCCCGUCGGCGGCGGCUGCCGCAAGAACAAGCGCCACCUCAAGCACCGCCCCUCCUCCUCCGUCAUUACGAAUAGCAGCAAUAACAUCACUCAGCUUCCUCACCCACCACCAACCACGGAAAACCCUAGCCACGGCCAGCAGCAGUUUCGAAUCAUCGACCAGAUGAAUAACCCUCCACUGUUCUACGGCAAGCAGCAGCAGAGCAGCAACCCUCCUCAUCCGUACGACCAGCUGGCUAGUAAUAAUUCCUUCGCAUCCAGCGGGGGCGCCUUCAACUACACCGCGGCGGCGGGUUCCUAUUUCGGCGGCGGCGGCGGCGCUUCUAAUAAUAACGAUAAUUCGGCGAUUCUUUCUCCGACGAUGGCGACGCUGUUGGCGUCCACCCUCAACAACAAGUUCUCUUCCUCGUCCUCGUCGUCGUCGAACAACAACGUCGUCAAGAGGCUGAGCUCCGUCGACCAACACUUCCAGGCCGCGGCGGCGGGGUUCGACGGCUUGCAAAUGAGCAGCGGGGUGAAGCCGGAGCAGUACGGGCAGAACGGGCAGCAGGAGUGGAAUUUUAACAAUUCCGGGCAGGUGGUGGUGGAGCAGAUCGGGUCGGAUCCUCAGUCGGCUUACUGGAACGCGCUGUGGCACGAUCCGGGGAAUAUUGGACCUUCCGUGACUUCCUUGAUCUAGCCCAAACCUUUUUCAAUUUUUUUUUUUAGGUCACUAUUUUCUUUCUUAACGCGGUGAAAGAUUCGUCGAGGAUUCAUGAAUACCUGACAAAUUCAUACGAGCAGACGAUUCAAGGGGGUUAUGUGGGAUCUUCAUCUAGGUUUUGGGGAUAGAGCAGAAGGGACGAUGAGAAGGAGAUUGGAUCUGAGAGAUUCAUCAGCAGCUGAGGAAGUUCCUUUUUUUUAUAAAUAUUGGGCUGAGAAAGGAGCCUCGGAUCCUCUUUCAAUCUCGUCGGCGAGUUGGGGUUAAGAAGAAGAAGAGAAGAGAAUGUCCAGUACUAAGGUCAGAAACAAAUUAAAAAAAGACCUAGUUUUUAAUUUUGCUACUUUAUUUACAUUGUAAGAACAUAAUUGGGGUAGCUAGCUAGAUGUGUGUAAAUAUGUAUGCAUGAUGAUUUCUGGUUUUGGGUUCUUUUGUUUGGGGUUUUGGGGGGUGGGUGGGUAUAUGUGAGUCCUCAAGAGAAGAGGAUUUCAGGGUGGAUUUUCUUUUCUAUGUUUUCCAAAAUCUUGGUUUUUUUAUUGGGGGAAAAAACAAGGGAUUUUGGGGGGUGGGGGGUAUAAUUGUGGUGGUAUAGUGAGAUUAAAGAGGGAGAUAACAUUUGACAAUGUAAUGUUGGAAUGGGGUGGAUUUGUUAAUUUAGUUGUAUGUUUGUUGGUCUUCUUUCCCAUCUUUGUGGUCAAUUUAUAUGAAUUCACUUUGGUUAAUGUGAUGCUUAAUUUUGGUACUAUUGCAAUUAAGGGAGGUGUGUUGCUUCUUUAUUGGAGGGUUUAGAUGAAUCCCCCAAGACCCACAUUUUCUUACUUUAUUAACCAAUGUCUAAGAUUGUUGCGAAACGAUGACUUCCUCUAUGGAAUUCGAAUUGUGUGGUUUUUUAGCUACAACAAAAUCAGGUCUAAUUUUUGUACCUUAAUAUUGUUGGCUCUGUGCUCCCACUAAAAAAACGUAGGUCCAGAGCAUAUUUGGACUAUAGUGGCGUGCUACUUUCUUUGCCUAAGUAGUUCAUAAUUAGGAGGGCCCUUGAAAUUCAAAUCCGUUAGGAGACUGGAUUUGAUCAGAAUCCAAUUAUUAACUUCUUGGUGACUACUGACUAGUGAACUAACGAUGAUCCCUAGACUAGAUAUAUAGCAAGCUAGGGUUUGUUAAUAUGUCGAUGCCGUCAUCAUCAUCUAGAGUCCACACGACCGAGCCACAUUGAUGAUACGAGAGGCUAUAGCCCCGCAUAAAACUUUAAUUCGUGGUUGUGUGUACGAUUUCAUGAAUCUCAUAACCCAUUGGUAGUUGGGUUUAAGAAAUUUUUGGGUUAACUAUGGACAGGGAUACUAUAUAAGGUUAUUUUUUAGGGAAUUUUUCCAGUCAACGGUAAACGACACCAUAUGCAUAUUCUAACGCUUAUUUUGAUGAAAAAGAAGAGAUCAUAUAAUUCGAUUUUGGGUGUAGCUUUGAAUCGUCUAGGUUUUGCUUUCUAUGUAUUUGACCUUAUUAUGAUAUAAUGGUCUUGGGAGCCAUUGGUAUAGGUUAAAAUGGGAUUGGUCAACCGAUCACCUGAAUCGUCGCCAAUACGACUAACGAGAACGAGUAUGUUUCUGUGUUCAAAAAAUAAAUUUCUCCAUUGCUUACAAACAAAGAAUGAUAUAUAUUUUAAAAAUUAUUAUGUAUGACCACGAAAUAUUCGACUAUUUCACUAAAUUUAUGCUAUUAACAAAAUGAAGAGGUAUCAUCGAAGCAAAACCUAGACUACAACACAAAAAAUGUGCACAUCCCAUAAAAAAAGAGCAAUUUUUCGUUGUUCAAAUAUACAUAUUGAUAUGGUGGCUUCUAUCGAAAUCCAGGACCAAACUUUAUGCAAGCAUUGUCAAAUCUUGUCGUCGUCUUGCAAAAAAAGAAUUUUACACUAA